AUGCCAGAUAUAAUAUACCCUCCUAGUAUCCAAAGUAAUCACCAAAAACUUCAACGAGCUCAAGAUAUCGCCUCCCUAGUCUUAGGUAUAGGAGCCGGAAUUCUUACCUUAGAGUCAGCUUACGGAUUCUCAUUCUACUUAGUUGGUAUUACUAUUACUAAUGGUAUGUUCUUUGCGGUAUGUUGUCAGAAUCAGCCCGAUAAAUUCUUUACUAAUCCCAUUAGAGAUAUAUUUUUCGAAGGUAUCUUCAGUAAUGUUCCUGGAUUUAUUAUGAUGUGGUGUUUAGUAUAUGCGCUUGUAAAGGUCAAUUCGUAG